UUUUGUUCUAUUGUCCUUCUUCAUCUGGGUCUAUGUGCAGUGUGUUGGUCUCUCAUUUAUCUCUUUUUACCGAGUUGUGUUGUUAGUUUAAGUGAUUAUCACUUCUGUUUCUUAAACUAAGAUUCUACAAUACUAUAGAUCUACAUACUGACAUUGAAAUUGAAUGCCAGGCUAUUUUUGAAAUUCACAUCAAGUAAGCUGUUAUCCUUAAACCUUUUCAAUUGUUUUCUCUUGCUGACAGUAAAAGGUAUAGAUACCUAUAGUCUAUCAUUUUCUAUCCAUGCCAGCAUUUAUACUCCUAUUUUUAUUUGAACCUUCAGCAUGUUUUUUUUUACUUCCAUAUAUUAAUGUGCAAUAUAUAUUACAACAAAUACUAAACAGGUCUAUAUACAAUGAUAUAAACCCCAUCACAUCAAAGGAAUGGUGAGCCUGCUAUCUAAUUUACUACAUGAAAUGCAGUGUGAUGCUUCCUGUCAGGACUUCUAUUUAAACUCGGUUCAUUCAAUUUUAUUCCUUUGUUUAGAGUCUCAGCUCAUCAUCAUCAUCUCACCUCAUCUCAACUUUCUUUCAAUUCAGUUUUCCUCAAGGUUGCAUCAUAAAGGGAUGCUUUCAACUGUUGCUACUGCAGUUUUUUUCUUGUGCCUCACUGCUCAUCAAUGCACAGCUCAAAGUCCUAACUGUGCACCUCUAGCAAAUUCUGGUGGUUGCAGUUUCUAUGAUUGCUUGAGUACCAAAUUCCAGUGCACUGCUAAUGAUUAUCCUCUUGCUUAUGGCAAAAAGUAUUGUCUGAGGUAUGCCAGCAGAUCAAGUUGCUUCACAACAGGAGGCCAAGCAUGGAUUACUAGUGUCCGCAGAUGUUUAAUGCAGUCUAUUGUUAACAGUCCUCUCUAUAAUGAUGCAAAUACUACUUGUGACCAGUUGAAGACAUUUGCAUUUCAAAGUCAUUCUAAUUGUCACACUAGCCAUGGGUUCUGUACAAAUAUAUUUCUAUCAAAUCAAUGUCAGAACCUUGUUUGUAUUGGAAAUGAAGUAUGUACUGAUAGAGACUAUUGGAGCAAGCAUGCAAUAGACCAGAUUAUAAAAACAACUGCUUCAUGCCCUUCCCAGAUUUCUACAUUCCUUCUUGAUGCACAGAGUUGUAAUUUGAAUAGUCCCAACCAUGCUCUUGUAUCUGCUAUACACAACUAUUUAGAUUGCAAUUCAAGGGCUUUUGAUUUUGUCAUCAUAUUGGAUGCAUCUGGAAGCGUUGGGUAUUAUAACUUUGAAAUAAUGAAAAACUUUGUUGCAAACAUGCUGUCUAGCUUUACUAUUGGACAAAAUGGCACUCGUGUUGGAGUCAUUCGUUAUGCAAGCAGUCCAUCAAUUGUUAUCUCACUGGGUUCCUUCAAUACUUAUUCACAAUUAGCUACUGCUGUUAGAGGUAUAUCAUACACCAGAGGAAGAACAAACACUGCUGCAGCUUUGAAUUUACUAACUACAGCAUUUGCUACUGCUCGUGUUAGUGAAGGCGUCCCUCGUGUAGCUGCUGUUUUUACUGAUGGAAAUUCAGAUAGUUAUUCAGCAACAGUACAAGCUGCUCAAGCUAUUCAUGAUGCUGGAAUUCAUGUCUAUUCAUUUGGUAUUGGAACUGGUGUCAGUAAUGCAGAGUUAGUUGCCAUUGCUUCAGAUGGUCAACAAGAUGUUUUUACUAUCAGUGGUUUUACAUCUGAUGCCUUUCAGGCUGUAUUAAAGCAAUUACAGUUAUCAACAUGUUCAUCCCCAACAACAUCUGAGACCGGAAUUGAGAUUGCCACUACCCUUCCAAAAGGAUCAUCUCGUUUGUUACAGUAUGAGUUUUCAUCAAUGGGAAUGACACUAAAAAUUGAUAUUACAAUUGGAAACUUGGUAAUUCGUGGAUCAUUUAAUGUACAAAAUCCAAAUGCACUCACUGAAGAUUUCUCUGUCAUGAGUAAUGGCAAUAACAUUGAUUAUUUCAUUAGUCCAGCAUUAUUUAUACAAUCAACUUCUGAUGAUGACAAUGAUGGUGGAAGUCGCAGAAAGAGACAGACAUCAAUACUCACUAAUACUACUGAUGCUAAUGUGUACUUGUCUAUUGUUGGAUUAAAUGAUAACAAUACAUUUGUAUUGAAUACUACUUUUGGUGAUACUACAGUGAACAUUCCAACAACUGCCUCUACCAGUACCAGUGUUCUGGGCUCAAUUCUGCAUCAAAAAGAGAUGCUUUCAACUGCUGCUGCUGCAGUUUUUUUAUUGUGCCUCACUGCUCAUCAAUGCGCAGCUCAAAGUUCAAACUGCGCACCUCUAGCAAAUUCUGGUGACUGCAGUUUCUAUGAUUGUUUGAGUACCAAAUUCCAGUGCACUGCUAAUGAUUAUCCUCUUGCUUAUGGCAAAAAGUAUUGUCUGAAGUAUGCCAGCAGAUCAAGUUGCUUCACGACAGGAGGCCAAGCAUGGAUUACUAGUGUCCGUAGAUGUUUGAUGCAGUCUAUUGUUAACAGUGCUCUCUAUAGUAAUGCAAAUACUACUUGUGACCAGUUGAAGACAUUUGCAUUUGAGAGUCAUUCUAAUUGUCACACUAGCUACGGGUUCUGUACAAAUAUUUUUCUAUCAAAUCAAUGUCAGAACCUUGUUUGUAUUGGAAAUGAAGUAUUUACUGAUAGAGACUAUUGGAGCAAGCAAGCAAUAGACCAGAUUAUAAAGACAACUGCUUCAUGCCCUUCCCAGAUUUCUACAUUCCUUCUUGAUGCACAGAGUUGUAAUUUGAAUAGUCCCAACCAUGCUCUUGUAUCUGCUAUACGUGAUUAUUUAGAUUGCAAUUCAAGGGCUUUUGAUUUUGUCAUCAUAUUGGAUGCAUCUGGAAGCGUUGGGUAUUAUAACUUUGAGACAAUGAAAAACUUUGUUGCAAACAUGCUGUCUAGCUUUACUAUUGAACAAAAUGGCACUCGUGUUGGAGUCAUUCGUUACGCAAGCAGUCCAUCAAAUGUCAUCCCAUUGGGUUCCAUUAAUACUUAUUCACAAUUGGCUACUGCUAUUAGAGGUAUAUCAUACACUCAAGGAGGCACAAACACUGCUGCAGCAUUGAACUUACUAACUACAGCAUUUGCUACUGCUCGUGUUAGUGAAGGUAUCCCUCGAGUAGCUGCUGUUUUUACUGAUGGAAAUUCAAAUAGUUAUUCAGCAACAGUACAAGCUGCUCAAGCUAUUCAUGAUGCUGGGAUUCAUGUCUAUUCCUUUGGUAUUGGAAGUGGUAUCAGUAAUGCUGAAUUAGUUGCCAUUGCUUCAAAUGGUCAACAAGAUGUUUUUACUAUCAGUGGUUUUUCAUCUAAUACUUUUCAAGCUGUACUGAAACAAUUACAAGUGUCAACAUGUUCCACCCCAACAAUAUCUGAGACUGGGAAAGAGAUUGCUGCAACCCUUCCAAAAGGAUCAUCUCGUUUGUUACAGUAUGAGUUUCCAUCAAUGGGAAUGACACUAAAAGUUAAUGUUACACAAGGAAAUUUGGUGGUCCAUGGAUCAUUUAGUGUACAAAACCCAAAUAAUUUGACACAAGACUUCUCUGUCAUGAGCAAUGGCAAUGACAUUGAUCAUUUUAUUAGCCCAGAAUUAAUGAGGCAGUCAACUGAUAAUGGGAAUGGUGGUGGAAGUCGUAAGAGGAGACAGACAUCACUACCCACUAAUGGUACUGAUGCUAAUGUGUACUUGUCUAUUGUUGGAUUGAAUGAUAACAAUACAUUUGUAUUGAAUACUACUUUUGGUGAUACUACUGAGAGCUUUCCUUCUCUUCCACCAACUGAAACAGUGAGUUCGAUGGCUAUAAAUGCUCUUGAUUCUAUGCUACUGGUGAUGGCAGUCUUACUCUCUUUCCUUCUCUUUUCAUAG